UUUUAUCUUAAUGUAUUGAUGUAUCUUUAUUAAUAAAGGAAGCUCUGGCAGUAUUGUUGAACUUUGGGAGCUACAAGAGAAACCUGUAACUGUGCAUAAAAUGUUUUAUAACAACACUAAAGAACAGCCAAAAACUGUGGGUUGGCGACAUCAUGCUUCAUCGUCAUCCAGCUCUCCAGUUGUUGCUGUUGCCACACCCAGACUCUCUAUUUAUGACAUUACACCCCCACCCUCAUACAUACUUGUGGCAUACAAAGAUAAUGAAAUAAAAUGCUUUUUCAGGGAAUCCUUGAGAUUGGUGUGUAGUAUUAGUGUUAAUGCUGUAAGCCACAGGAGGGAUGAAAUAGGAAUGGUACAACAUGUGCCUGGGACAACAGUGUCAGACAUGCAACUUACUUGGACGGGAUCUGCUCUAAUAGCAAUCAACUCUCUCUCAGAACUUCUUCUCUAUAGACUAUCACCCAUUACAGAUCCAGGGGGUCCUAUGAGCACGAUCUAUGCUGUGACAGUGUUGGAAUAUUGUUUAAUAACAGGAAUUGAUUGGUGGGAUGUGAUACUGAGUCUUCGGCCAGGUUUAAUUGAAACUGUUUGUGAAAAAUUAUCAGAAUCAUUCAACCGACAACCUGUUGGAAGUCAACAGUACUUGCUAAGUCGGUUUCUUUCUCUUAAAGGGUCAUUUUGUAGAUGUCUGAGCAAUGGCCAAGCUAAAGCUGGCGACUGUCAUGCUUUGAUCAUGUUAAAUGCUGUAGCUGCUGCUAUCAAGGGUCUUCUUCGGCCACGGGAUUUGUCAAGUCAAGAGAAAGGACCUGCAGAGAACUUGACAGCUAUUAUGAGCAGCAAAGGUGCAGAAGGAAUCACAAACAUAGACAAAGUUCUUCUUCAUUUAGAGCACAAGGAGUUUGCUGUGGAACCUCCAAUACUCCAGUCACUACAGCAUCUCAACCAAUGGGUGGCCGAUUUUACUCUCAAUUUAGUGGCUUCACUAUCCCAGCAGUAUCACACGAACAUUCCUGGGAGUGGUCUUUUGACAGAUCCCAAGGCACUAAAUACUCUUCGUGAACUGCUUAUUAUCAUCAGGAUUUGGAGUUUCAUGAGUGAAAGUUGUCUUCCUGUGUUCACAAAGAUGGCAGAUAAUUUAGAUAUAUUAUCCCUCCUGUUUAAACUUUUGACCAAAAUCUUGUUAAGUCUUGGAUCAGAACCUGAUGAAAGUUUGCUUGACGAGUGCUGCUGGCUUCCAAGUCAGGUUUUAAUUCCAAGUAUAGAUUUGGGUGUUCAUUCACAAGGAGUGGCCAGCCCAGCACUGUUCAUGAACUCGUUGCCUCUUCAGUUUGAGUACUGUGUUCAGCCUCACUUUCUUCAUUACACAAGUAAAGUUCGUCAGCCAGACAGUGCCUUGCCACUUCUCCACAAGAUGGAUAUUGUAAGACACGUCAGUCUUGGAGCAAGUCCUCCAGUUUUUAGACAGUGUACUAGGUGCUCUUCCUCAUCUUUAGUGAAGCCAGCUGUUCGAUCUGCAGCUACUAGAGCUUGGGACCAGCGAUGGUUGAGGUUCUGUCCAUGUGGUGGACAGUGGAAGCUGAAAAUGUGCAAACAAUAAACGUACAAAAACCGAAGGCUUGAAAUUCAUUAAAGAUCAUAUCACUUCAGGAAAUUUACUUGCUCAUUAUAUAAAAAGUCAUUACUUUAAAAUAAAACUUUUCAGGUGUA